ACAUUUGUGGAACCAGAUGUCAAAGAAUUUUUUUAUUAUUGACGAUUGUGUUCGCUUGCCAACUAUUUUUUUAGGAAAUUCAAUUUUUUGUCUGUUGAUAACUCAAAAAAAGUAAACAAAUCCAAAUUAGAUUUAAAUAUUAUUUAAAAAAUGAGUCAAACAUUAAAUACUCGAUGGUUAAUAUGUAGAAUAUGUUUAAAAGGCGAAAAUAAAAAAUUAUACAACAUAUUUGAGCCUAUCAGUGAAGAGGAACUCACAGACCUGGGCACAACACUGCAGGACAAAAUAGAAUUAUGUGGAGCUAUAAAGCUUAAUCAUCAGACCAAUUUACCAAAUAGAAUCUGUAAUCGUUGCGUGUUAUUAUUGCGAGCUGCUUAUAAAUUUCGUGAUUUAUGCCAACAGUCUCAAAAUCAACUGCAGCAAUUUAUUGUAACACUACCGCAAAAGGAGGAUCAGGGAGAUACUCUCGAAAUAAAUUUCGAUUCAGAUGCCGAAGAACAAAAGGCCGAGGUCCAAGAAGAAGUGGAUAAUGUGCUGCUGACAUCGGAAGAUGCAGACUAUGUUGUAGAGGAAAAUGUAGAAGAGGAGGACUAUAACAUGUCUGAGGAAUCUAACUUAAACAACAACAACAUAGCAGAUAAAAAUGAACUUUAUAUCACAAGUAUUGAAGAUAAUGAGGCAGAAGAACUACAUAGUUUAAGUGAUGAAGGUUCCCAAUAUGUGUUGGAAGAAGUCGAUGCCAAACAUUUUACAAACGAGGAACAUGAAGAUGUUAUAGCCGCCUAUAAAUAUGAAGAAACUAUUAAUAACGAUAAUAUAAUUAUUGAAGAGAUGCCCAAAAAUCCUGAAAAGGAAAUUAACCUUAAACGUUUUAACGACAAGAAACCAGCAGCAAAAAGAAAACGAAAACAAAGCCAGGAUGAGGCUGUUAAUGGUGUAUAUAGUUGCGCAUUUUGUGAAAAUACCUAUACGGAGAAAACUAAAUAUAAUAAUCAUAUGAAGAUACAUAUUAAGGAUAAGCCUCAUGAAUGCGAAAUCUGUAAAAAACGUUUUUCCACCACCCCGCAAUUAUCACGACACAUGAAUUCUCAUACGGGUAAUAGACCCUACAAGUGUCAGUUUUGCGAGGCUCGUUUUGGAGACCCUUCGACUAAGAUAAAACAUGAAAGAAUACAUACAAACGAACGUCCGUACAAAUGCAACAUGUGUGAUAAAGCCUUUGCCUAUUCCAAUGUUUUAAAAGUACAUAUGAUGACUCAUACAGGAGAAAAACCUCACACUUGCGACUAUUGUGGCAAGAGCUUCUCUCAAUUGCAUCAUAAAAAUGCCCACGAAAAACGUCAUAGGAUUGUUAAUAUGGUAAUGGUGCAUAAUCCAACUGACAUUGAAUAUAUGGAAGAGGAGAAUGAAUUGAAAGGAUAUAAAAUUGAAGAAAUUAUUUGAAAUUGUAAUAAAUAAAAAAUAAAAGUUAUUGUUUGCUUUAACAUAUUAUG